AUGUCGAAACUCACCCGGCUGGAGCGGAUGAGAAAUGAGGAUGGUCUCUGCAUUUGCGUCUCCGAUCGAGAGCAUCUUCGGCCUCUGCUUAUCAACGGAGAUUGCGCCCAUCAUGCUAAAUUUGACAUUUUCCCGCAUUAUGAGAAAUCUUGGAGGCUGCAACCACAAAGCAAUUCUUCUUGGCCCCGCUUCCAAGCCAUGAAUCCAUUCGCAAACCAGCUGGGAACCGCCGUACGGUCGUUUGCCGUUCGCAACCUCGAUGCCACGCAGUCGAGAACCAACUCGCUGCUUGACAACAUUACAGGCAUCAUUCCUGACUCGCCUUCAAGCACCACCUCCAAGGAGAACACACUCACAUGCAGGAGAUGCGGCAACCGCUUUCGCGAUCGUCUCGAACUCAGCUCCCACUUCAAUCUCUUGCCUCACCACUCCGACUACAGCGACAGUCACGACUUUGACUCCUUCACACGACCAAAAGGCAGGCGCACCAGGACGCUCGACCAGCGCCUCGAUCACGGCAAAGCUGCGGCACGCGACGAUCUCACCUCUCCUUCUACCACCAACUUCAGCGAAUCUCAGGCUUUCUACGAUGCGGCGGACAAGGACAAGGAGAAUGCUACUGAAGGCCGUCCCACCUUUCUGCGCAAGUUCUCGACUUUCACCGCAUUGACCACGACCACCACUGAUGAUCUGACAAGAUCGCCAUUCGGCACCGACUACGCAGAUCAAGAUGGGGAUCAGUCGCCGCGCUCUCCAAAAGCGAGAGGCAAGCAACGUGCAUUGCCACGAUUGCCUCGAGACGGCUCUUUUCAAUACGGUCAGCCACUCGCGUCCUCUGACGAGGAGGGCGAUGCUCCUACCGCCACCCGCUCCAGAGCCCGCAGCGCUACCGUGCUGAGUGCAGAGACCGUCCCAUCCUCGCUUCCCCGCGCUUCGUUCUCGUCGACGGCUUCCAGAAGCAGUGGACGCAGUCGACAAGCUCCCUCGCUUCCUCCCAAGCUUCCCGCUUUCGACUGGCAGAACCUUGACAAGAAGCCGCUCCCCGAUAUCGCAAGUGAAGUGGAUGAUGCAGCUUCGAUCGCUUCUGACAGCAGCUUCCGGACCGCUGGAUCCACUGACAUGUACAGCGAGAAGGCUCAGCUAAAAGCAAUGUACGGCUCGGAUGAGAAAAAGUCGCAGAAGCACGGCCCACUUGCAGACGCUGCUUCUUCUGGCGCUACCGCCUCCGCUAUUCCUGGUGUCGGCCACGGCGUACUUCGGACCGAGCAAGGCAGCACCAGCGCAUCAGCUCGACACGCUAGCGAGUCCAACCUGUUGCUCGAGACGCCAGAGACCCCUCACUACGAUGCGCCGCCGUCGUACCACGAGCUGCACGGAGACUCGGACCCAUUCGACGAUCUUGCCACCAGCUCGCGACAUCGCUCCCGUCACCUCGCAUCUCGAUCCGAUGGAUUCGCUACCAUGCCGAGUUCACCUGUGAGCCGUUCCGGUCCCCACGCACCACGACGACCUCGACGUGCUACCAACGCAUGGCCGUCCUUCGCGUCCGAAUCUCGAUUCCCCGUCACUUUCUCCUCAACCAGCAGAUACGACGAGCAAGACGCCGAAGACGAUCUCUACAAUCCACGCUCCGAGAAGACCUCUCGACCGUCGAUGAAGGCCAAACUAACGAAUGCUUCCCUCCCUCCUCUCGUUCCAUCUUCGUCCUUCUCGGCAUCUCCUUCUCCGUCAACACCCAAGACGCCCAUGACCUUCUUCGACGACGCUCCCCUCGUCGCUCCGCCCUUGUCCCUCCCUCGUCCCGCCAAUUCAAGCUCAAACUCGGCCAGUCGUAGGAACCGUCGUCACACUCGAGCAAAAUCGGACGCCGCUACGCCCAGCACCAGGUGUCCGACUUGCUUUGUCAAGUUCAGCUCGCUCGACAAGACGUUGAAGCAUCUCGACAAUUCCGACUGCGGCGCCGUCGAGUUCGAGAGCGGCUUGAACUGA